CGAUCAAAUUCUACACUCAUACGUUACAGUAACCUAAGCAUCAUCAAUCUAUUAUCCUCUUGAAAGUACCUUAAAUGGGGUUGUUCCAUCUCCCCUUAUAUCUCUUUCUAUAUAAAGUGUUCUGUCUGAUCUUCAAUCUAACUCUAAUUGAAAAAUCUAUUCUAGCAACUGCCAUGAAAUCCACCGGUAAAUCUCCCUCACCACCAGAAUGUCUUCAGUCGCCACCGGUACCGCCAAAUCUGGACUCAGUUUUCGGUUAAUCAAUUUCUAAGAGCUUCAGGGUGUGGAUGAUGCCAUUGACAAGAGUAAGAAAGUGUUGACCACUAUGUCAAGAAGAAUGACAAGGAACAAAUGGAUCGUUGGUUCAGGGAUCUUGGCUCUCAUUCUCGCGAUCAUCUUUGAUCAUCUCAUACAAGGUUUCUCAUUACAAUACUCAAAACACAUAAAUUCAUCGUGACUGUGUUUAUAUAUGGUACAUGUUUUUUUCAUUGACGCGCGACCCGCGGCUGCGACACAAAUUCUAAAGGGAAAGAGGCCAGAAUAAAAGCAAGUUGAAACCGUAUACUAAGUAAUAAUGUGAAUACAUGUGACAGAGAUAUAUAACUUCACACAGGAUGACUUGAUGACCGAAGAUAUAUUUAUAGUAGACUGUCACCCAGAGAUCUUUGUAUGGGUUGGCCAAGAAGUAGUCCCCAAGAACAAGUUGCUAGCUUUAACUAUUGGAGAGAAAUUCAUCGAGAAAGAUUCUCUCCUGGAAAAGUUAUCCCCUGAAGCCCCUAUAUAUGUGAUCAUGGAAGGUGGUGAGCCAAGUUUCUUCACCCGGUUUUUCACUUCUUGGGAUUCCUCAAAAUCUUCUAUGCAUGGAAACUCAUUCCAAAGAAAACUCAAAAUUGUCAAAAAUGGUGGAACUCCAGUUGCAGAUAAACCAAAACGAAGAACUCCAGCCUCAUAUGGUGGCCGUGCCAGUGUUCCUGAAAAGUCACAGCAGCGGUCAAGAACCAUGUCUUUAAGUCCAGACAGGGUUCGCGUGAGGGGAAGAUCUCCAGCGUUCAAUGCACUCGCAGCAACAUUUGAGAACCAGAACGCAAGAAACCUCUCAACUCCUCCCCCAGUAGUUAGAAAACUCUACCCGAGAUCUGUUACUCCUGAUUCCGCAAGGCUUGCUCCCAAGUCUUCAGCCAUUGCUUCUCGUAGUGCCCUUUUCGAACAAUUUAAAACACCUCCUCAGGAACCUUUAAUCCCAAAAUCCAUCAAAGCGAGCCCUAAGACACCUGAGUCUCCAGCGCCAGAAUCCAGCUCAAAAGGAAAGGAAGAGAAAAAGGAAAAUGACAAGGAGGGGGAGAAAUCGAUGAGCAGCAAGAUAGUAUCUCUGACGAUUCAAGAAGAUGCUAAAGAAGGUGUGGAAGACGAAGAAGAUUUGCCAGCUUACCCAUACGAACGUCUCAAGACAACUUCACCUGAUCCUGUGACAGACAUUGAUGUAACAAGGAGAGAGGCUUACCUUUCAUCAGAGGAGUUCAAAGAGAAGUUUGGUAUGACGAAAGAAGCUUUCUACAAGCUGCCUAAAUGGAAACAAAACAAAUUCAAGAUGGCUGUUCAACUCUUCUGAGAAUAAUCAUCCUUCUCCAUGAGACAGUGUCAGUGCAUUUUAAGCUGCUGCUUCUGCUCCUGAGAAGCUUAAAUAACAUUUUUUUCAUGGCUUGCGGUUGGGGGAAACGCAACUAUAAUCGGUUUUUGUUAUGAAAUUUUCAAUUCAAGAUUGUGAUUACAUAUCUUGAGAUAGGAAACUCAAGUUCUCUUUCUUGCUAAUUACAACUACUGUGGUGACCAGUGAAUCCACUUACGGCUCUCUUUGUUUUGGAUUAUUGGUUGUAUGGAACUAAUCAAUCAUACACGUAUCUAUUAUCAUGAUUUUCUUCUUUUUU